UGUACCGAGUCGAAGACUCUGCUGACGGGCAGGCUGAUGAUGCUGAUGCAACUGCAAGUGCUGAAUUUUCUUGCCAAGUUGUCCGAUAUGGUAGUCAUACAUAUGUCCUAGAAGUAAUCACCAUGGCAACUAAGUUAGUUCAAUGGAUAACAGCCUUGGUCCUCUUUGCUAGCAUAUGGUGUGCCUUUGUGUUUGAUUUGGUCCCCAUUCAAGUGGAUGCCAGGAUGAAAGAAGUCAUUGUGCCGCUGCCAGUUUAUUUACUGAUAGUCUUUGCGUGUUUUUCUCUAGCAACUAUCGGCUACCGAGUAGCAACAUUCAAUGAUUGUGAAGAGGCAGCUGAAUCUCUGAAAAAGGAAAUUGAAGAAGCAAGAAAAGAUCUGAAGAAGAAAGGUUUUAGAUUUACGUGAUGGCUGACAGUGCUCGGUUAGGCUUUCUGUUUGUUAUUCAACAGACUUAAUUUGUAGGGAGGAUCUGUCUAUUGGAUGACUCUCUUAAUAUAUUGUCCAACAAGUUUUAGGAUCCUUCAAUAAAACACAAUGGUUAAUGGCUGCUGUGUAUGCUUUACAAAAGAUAAUUUAGAAUAUUUGUAAGACAUAAAUGGUGGUCAAAGUUGCUUUAUCACUAAUGUCAUCACAUAAAAAAAAUAUGGCUGUAUUUGAGCUUUUGGGGUCAGUGAUUAUUUAAAAAAAAUAAAAGGUAGUUGUAUGUACCAACAAAAAGGUGUCAUUUUUCCCCACCAGCCACAACUUUUUGUUUCAGUACCUUUCUGUCAAAUUUUCAAUGUGGUUGACUUUUUGUGUCUAACAAAAACCUGCAGCUAUAAAUACUUGAACUCCAUUGGAUUGGUGACAGACAACUCCCGUACUUUCUGAAAGUAUUGGCGGUUGACUAAAGAUAAUCCAACUACCAUCUGGGCCAUCUCUAUUUAAAAAAUGCCUAAUGAAUAGAAUGAAAAUCACAAGUUAGACACAGGAUAUACUUAUCAGCAUCUUCUUUUAAUCUUGUCAACAAAGGCCAGUUCAUGCAUGCAUGAGAGUAUGGAUGUGUUAUCAGUAAAAACCGUCUGGUUGGGAACAAAUGUUUCCAGGGAAUUUUCAUACAUGUAAUUCUAUGAUUUAAAAUUAACAGGGCCAUAUGCAAAUGGACCUAGAACAUAAUGAUGUCACACUUUGUUCACAUGUGAUUAACUAUGGAGCUCCACGGAUGGUGUCCCACUUCAGUGCCAUAGGAAAGCACACACUAGAAUAAAGCCUGGCAUCAUGUUAUGGGUUUACUGACUUAACUGGGGGAUAUAAGGAAAACAAGUCGAUGGGAAAUGAAUGAAUCUAUUACCUACUGGCUUCUAUUGAUGUACAUGCUGGUUCUAGCCAUAGCCAAGGAAUUAAGUUGUGGAUUUUCUGGAACUACUUUUAUGUUAGUUCGGCCAUUUGCAACUUCACACAAAAUAAAAACCAGAAGUUGUCAGUUCUGUUGUUGAAUUUCAUGCAUUGUACAUGCCACUGAAUAAAUCUCUCAGGAUGGAAAAUGAA